AGACUAUUUUCAGGCAAAAAAAACCCCAUUUUCCCUCCCCUCCCCCUGUUAAGUGGAUCUCUGGAACACCAUUUUCCCUCCCCUCCCCUCCCCUCCCCCUGUUAAGUAGAUCUCUGGAACACAGCGUUAAUCCCUUCCCGAUUGGCAUCGCCGCACGCAAAUCCGUAAGAAACCCGCAAUACCCAUCAGUUGAAUCACCAUGGAACGUUCAUAGCGUGUUCUUGAUUUCAUUCACGCAAAUCAUCAAACACUUGGUGUGCAUUUGGACAGACCCAUUCGAAACGAAAUUUGUAUAAUGUCGCUCCCAUUUAUGAAGCUUGGGACGCUUGCUCUGAGAACCCUAAGCAAACCCAUUGCUAACAGGCUUAAGAAAGAAGCCGCCAUUAACCCUAAAUUUCGAACUUCCAUCAUCGGUAUUGCUCAGGCAAAUCAUUGGCUUACAACAACAGUACAAAGACGAAUAUAUGGGCGUGCUACGAAUGUUGAAAUUCGGCCUUUAAACGAAGAGAGAGCUGUUCAAGUAGCAGGGGACCUUAUUGGAGAGCUCUUUGUUUUCACGGUUGCAGGAGCUGUUGUUAUAUUUGAGGUGCAACGAAGUGCUAGAUCAGAAGCUAAAAAAGAAGAAAUCCGUAAGCAAGAAAUUGAGGUUAUGAAACAACGGGAUGAAGAAUUAGCACAACAGGUGGAGCUUCUUAAGCAAAAACUCAACCAACUUGAGCAAGUCACCAAACAAAAUGUAUUAGCCCGAUUUCUCAACUUGGAAAAUGGUCAAACCAAAGAUGUCAAGACAGCAGUCUCGUCCUCUUGAUUCAUUCUAAACGCACUUACACUUUUAUUCUUUGUGGGUAUUCCACUUUUAUAAAAAGAGUGUUUUCGUGAUUGAGAUCUUUAACGAUUUACACGAAGUAGUUGUUAUUUUG